AAUCGAGAGAGUUACAGAAAUGGGUGCGGGUAAGAAGGCGCUGGGGACGACAGGGGAGUUCUUCAGGAGGAGGGACGAGUGGAGGAAGCAUCCGAUGCUCUCCAAUCAGCUCCGCCACGCCACGCCCGGCCUCGGCAUCGCUCUCGUUGCAUUCGGCGUCUACCUCGUCGGCGAGCAGGUCUACGACCGCCUCAUCGCUCCAUCCCACUCCUCCUCCUCCUCCUCCUCUCAUCACGCCCACUCUCAUUCCGUCACUUCAACCGCCGCUACUCACUGAAGAAAGAGAAUUCAGCAGGUCAGGUCAGAUGGGUGCUCGUGGUCAACAGGAGUCAGCAGGAGGAAAAAGUUGUGGAGUUUCUUAUAUUUCUGUGCCCUUUUCUGCUUGAUGUUUGAAUAAAAUGUUUUCACUUCACUAGGGCCUUAACAAACUUGAAGGCUGUAAGUUUUAUUUGUGCAGAGUUUUAAUGUGUUGUCGCUACUCCCAGAAUGUCUUAUAUUUGAAGAUUGCAUCAUUUAAAGUUUGUGUUUUGUUUCUA